AUGCCACCGCAACCUACACAACGGCCGUAUAUGGAGAUCACCGAGCAGCCACAUCCGAAGGCGCUACGUUUUCGGUAUGAGUGCGAAGGUCGCUCGGCAGGAUCGAUUCCCGGUAUCAACACGACGGCGGAUCACAAGACCUUCCCGAGCAUACAGGUGCACGGAUAUCGUGGCAGAGCCGUGGUAGUGGUGUCUUGCGUGGCCAAAGAGGGCCCAAACCAUAAACCUCAUCCACACAAUCUGGUCGGCAAGGAACACUGCAGAAAGGGCGUGUGUACCGUAGAGAUCAACAGUACCACCAUGAGCUACAACUUCAACAACCUCGGCAUCCAGUGCGUUCGCAAAAAGGACGUCGACGAUGCGCUGAAGCUGCGACAGGAGAUCCGGGUCGAUCCAUUUCGAACUGGAUUCGCUCACGCCAAGGAACCGGGCUCCAUCGACCUCAAUGCCGUCCGGCUGUGCUUCCAGGUGUUUCUCGAGGGACAGCAACGUGGCCGUUUCACGGAACCACUGGCGCCCGUCGUCUCGGACAUCAUCUAUGACAAGAAGGCGAUGUCGGAUCUGAUCAUCUGCCGGCUAAGCGAUAGUACGGCCCCGGUGUGCGGCGGCAAGGAGAUCAUCUUGCUGUGCGAAAAGGUCGUCAAGGAGGACAUCAAGGUGCGGUUCUUCGAGAAGAAGGGCAACGUCACGGUGUGGGAGAAUUACGCCGAGUUUUCGCACACGGACGUCCACAAACAGGUGGCCAUUAGCUUCCGGACGCCACCGUACCGAUCGAUCGAUAUCACCGAUUCCGUGGAGGCAUACGUACAGCUCGUCAGACCAUCAGACAACGCGUUCUCGGAAGCCCUCAAGUUUGAGUUCACACCAGUAGAUAUUGAAAUAGAGCUCCGACGGAAGCGACAGAAAAUCGACUCGUCGAUCGAUAAUCUCAGGGAUCCGAAACGUUUCGCCAACAUGAACACCGGCACCGUUCCGAAACUAGUCAACCACGAUGAGAACAACGCGAGAGAAAGCGCUGCGCCUCAGAGAAUGUACAACUACAACCCAACCAAUUCGCUACGUACGCCAAAGGAGGAAAUAAAGCACGAACUCAGAGAGUCUUCGCCAAACAACGAACCGUGCUACCAACCGAUGCAGGGAAUGAUGAUCACUCAACAUCCUGCCACAGGAUCCGAUCGCUCACCGAUAAUCCUUACACCGUCUCCAGUUGCCGUUUCACCGCAAGAGCCUGAGAGCGUAACGCCAACGACCCUUGCCUACACCACGCUGAAUGGCCCGGUGGGGAACAAUCCUUACGGUGGUGAACACGUCGUUCCUCCACAACGAAUGGCUCCUACGAUGCCAAUGUUUGACGGGCCAGGACCUUCAAACGGUUGGGUACAACCAGCACCGUCGUUGACUAGCGUCAACAACAUCAUUCCUUCGCCGAUGGGUCACCACAGCCGUCACAUGGAUCAUUCUCUGAGCGUUGGCAACUUCCGCUUCCUGAGUAAAGACUCAAUGCAUCACACCGGAGAACCUAGUUCGGGGAUGGUCCCUACCAGUGUCACCAACAACUACGCCAUGAACCCGAGCUUUCCGCCUAUGAACUCCGACAUUAACCUCAACAUGGUCGACUUUGAGCCGGUCCUGAACUCGUCCGAGAUCCGGUACGUCCUGGGAACGCUAGCUCCAGCUACUGGGCAAGGACCUGCAGCGGGUUACCACCACCAGAACGGUUCCUACCAACCAGUCAUGACGCCCCUGGCGGGACCUCCCGCUCACGGCCAGCAACCAACCCUGCCGGACCUUCACGACAUCGACGAGGAGCUGACCGACAGCUUCACGAAACUGAGCACCAAUUGA